CAUUACUGCGUCCAGCUGUACUAAUCGUCAACAGCAGGUGUGUUCGGGGAACCGGAUUAGCGCGCUCACGGUUAGCGCGAUGGUUUGGUCUUGGAUGUUUCAUUUGAUCUUGGAUGUAGUGAGCGACGUACGAAGCACAGGGCCCAGAUUGCAAUUCAGUAGCGCACUUCUAUAUUUCCCACAUUCCCACACACAUUUGACAAGAAUUCAAUUUGCAGAGUCAUGAAAAAUUUAUGAAGUUCUCAGAGCAAAAUACGAUCAAACCUGGGACUAGUAGUAUGCACCUAACCGAGUGUCUUGUUAGUGUAGCUUUAUGAGUGGCACGCCACAUAAAUGACUUUCCACUGAGACUGUGUGGGCUUAGCUGGAACAUCUUCCUGACUGUCGUCUGCUGGCAAUAUUGACUGCAUUUCAAAUGGAAACAUGCCACAUAUGACUCUACACGAGACAAGACAGAUUUGAUCAAAGAGCCAUUAAAGGUCAAAGCUCCACUACGUGAGGUUCAAUUUGAAUUUAAAGACCUGAGAUUUGGUAUUGAGAUUUUUUUAUCAAAGAAUUUCAGAAAUUCGAUUAUGAAACGUCUCAAAUCUCAACAACAAAGCUACUUUCAGCUGCUCCCUUAUUUACAAGGGCUUGCCACAGCAGGUAGCUCCACCAUGUUUGAUUUGGCAGAGUUUUUUAUAUCGGAUGAAAUCCUGUCUACUCCCAGGACCUAACUGAGAUCUUUUGCUUUUUGCUAGCCAGAUGUGUAUAGAUGAUGUGCACGUGUAAAAAGUGUGAUGUGAAAAUAGCACUUGAGCCCAUAAAAUGAUCAGGAAUGUUUGAACCAUGGUCGCUGAUGAAAGGAGCUGAGGGGUCUUUUUUCUAACCUAGACUUCUACACAAUUGGAAGUCUUUUUGCAACUAAAGCAGUCGCCCCCUGCUGGUCAUUAAGGAUACCUCCGGUUGGCUUAACUUUUCAGAUUUUGACUCUAGUAUAUAGUCUGUCAUUUAUAUGUCAAUCAACAUUCCCUCGCUGACAUCUACAUUUAGAUUAAAGAAAUUUAAUCUGCUCAGGAACGUGGAGCACAAUCUUCCCCUUAGGUGUUUGCAAACCUCACACAGAAAUUGUUAAAGAUUACGUUUGUUCAUGGGAUGUUUUAAAAUGUGUUUUUAUUAUUCUCUGGAAAAAUAAAAUCAUAAAUCUUUUUCUAUCUAAAUGUGAAAUGACUGGUUAACUUGAGCUGUUCAAGUCCAGCCCGACCUCCUUUGAGACUGAAAAAUUCCUCCUGAUUGUAAUGGCUGGGGUUUUUUUGUUUUUGUUUUUUUACUGCGUUAGUUUGGUGUCUUUUGCUCACUGCAGCUUCCUUCCCCACCUGCUAACUUUCCAUAAGAGAGAUGCAUACGCACUCGUAGGCGAUCACACUCCUGACACCCAUUUUGGGAAGCACACACUACUUUUAACAUAAUUGUGUCAUUGUCUGAGUCAAGCCAGUCCUCCCACCAUGAAACAAAGAUGUAGAAGGCAACAGCCGUCUCCACCGAGCCAGGUGUUACGCAGGGCUCCAUUCUGGGUGCUGUUUUUUCUUUCUUUCCUUUUUUUUUUUACUCAUUCUUUCUUGUUGUGUAUCUGUUUGUGUGUGUGUGUUUGUGAGUGCAUGUGCGUGUGUGUCUGGGUGUAAUAGCUCUAAGGACGGUGUGUCUGUGUGCAGCUGCCCGCUGAGGGCCCUCCUUUGUGUCCCCCUCCCCUCUAUUGUCAACUCAUGCCUUCUCGUCCAUUCAUGGCUGAUGGUCGGUGGAUGGUCUGGUGAUGUGUGCGUGUGUCUGUGAGGGGUUGGGAAGGGGUGGAGUUACCCUACUACAUCUCACAGUCCCUUUUUUAUUGGUGGAGAGGGGGGUGAUUGGCGUGUGUACAGAAAGAGAUUUGGUGAAGAGAGGAAAGUGAGCUGUGCGAGGAGAUUUCUGUGCUCGUAUUGGUGGGCAGAAUCACAGUGAGGAGGGGACGGUAGGUGCCUUAAACUCCAUCUGCUGUCAGUAACACUGCUAGCCCUGCAGCUUCAGGACACAUCACUCUGCUUUGCAACAACAAAAAGAAAAAAAAAGGAGAACUUCAUGGUUGAUCACUUAAGACUGCUGCCAGACUCGACCAGGAAACUCAUUUUUUGCUCAGCCCCACUUGGACUGGCAGCUUUCUCCAGUUCUCUAGUGGAUACAAGACAUUUAACUUCCUUUUUUUCCAUUAAAAGAAAAUCGGGCCAUACUCCUGGGCUUAGUCCUCACCACUUUACUGGGUCAUUUUCUUUUUUUAAAUCUUUCCCACUUUGUGCUUUGUUGCUGAUAUGAUCCAGAGUAGCAUGUCAGGAGACACUUUGUAGGAGUUCUUGGUUCUUCUGUGCUUUACUGCCUUGCUGUUUCUCGUGGAACUGUUCGGUACCCUCACAGGACUAGUUAGUAAGUGAGUUAAGUAUCAGUAGUAACAGUGGGGUCAGUCAGGUGUUUGGGAGGUCACGGAGGUAGUGGAGCUGGAUGUAUGAGAAGGAUUCAUGGGCCUGAAGGACCAUCUGGAGGAUGGGACAGGCCACAUCCUCAGCCCAGGGCUGGAUCUGGACUACCUACACGUGGAAGGUGCUGAACGGCAGGCUGGGAAUUUAGGAGCGGGUGUCACUGUUAAAAGCAGCAAUACUGCUGGUAGCAGAGGCAUUAGCUCUAUCAUUCAUUCAAGCAGCAGUAGCAGUUGCAGUAACUUUUCUGAAGAGAGUGCUAUCUCUGACAGUGAAGAUGAAAGGCUCCAGACUGGGUCUAGUUCUGACUCUAAAACACCGCACCACGAUCAGCUUCACCUACACCAAAGGGAGGAGUCCUCAGUCUUUCAGCCAGUCAGGCUGGACCUGGCACCAAAUACAUCUCCUGGAGACCCCCCGGAAACAUCUCUGACUGACCCCAUCACACACUGCCGCACGAAGGUGGAGUUCGCUCUCAAACUAGGCUACCCCGAAGAGCUAGUGUUGCUGGUCCUGAGGAAACUAGGCCCUGACGCACUUAUCAAUGAUAUACUGGGAGAGCUGGUUAAACUGGGAACCAAAAUAGAGAUGGAUCAGCAAGGAGGUCAAGCUGUCUCACAGUCUCCCUCGUCCUCUUUGUCCUCCACCUCCAACUCCUCUCUGGAUUCUUCUCGGCUACUGUGCCGGUCCCACCUGCUAGAAGACAAAGAAAACCUGCGACCUGUUGUUGUGGAUGGAAGCAAUGUAGCCAUGAGUCAUGGGAACAAGGAAGUUUUUUCCUGCCAAGGUAUCAAGCUAGCAGUUGAUUGGUUCUUGGAGCGAGGCCACCGUGACAUCACAGUGUUUGUCCCUGCUUGGAGAAAGGAGCAGUCGCGACCUGAUGCUCUUAUCACAGACCAAGAGAUCCUGCGGCGUCUGGAGAAAGAAAAGAUCUUGGUUUUCACUCCAUCGCGACGCGUUCAGGGACGUCGUGUGGUUUGCUACGAUGACAGAUUCAUCGUCAAACUGGCCUACGAGUCAGAUGGUAUAAUUGUUUCAAACGACAACUACCGUGACUUAGCAAAUGAGAAGCCAGAGUGGAAGAAAUUUAUAGAUGAGCGCCUGCUGAUGUACUCGUUUGUAAAUGACAAAUUCAUGCCACCUGAUGACCCGCUGGGACGCCAUGGACCUAGUCUUGAGAAUUUCUUGAGAAAGAGGCCUGUUAUUCCUGAACAUAGAAAGCAGCCAUGUCCUUAUGGAAAAAAGUGCACAUAUGGCCACAAGUGCAAGUUUUAUCACCCUGAAAGGGGUAGUCAGCCCCAGCGAGCUGUGGCAGAUGAACUCCGUGCCAGUGCCAAAAUUUCAUCAGUAGCUUCAAGAGGCCUGCUGGAACAUGCCCUGAUGGCGAAGAGCCAAAAAAAUGGUCAAUCAGAAGGAAUGGCUGAGGCCCCGCUGAUUCGGGAUACCGGAAAGAAACAGCCAAAUCGGAGCCUUCAGAGCUCCUUCAGUGAGCUCUCAGAGGACAAAACUCAAGUCAGUUCCAAAGUGGAGGAACAGAGGAGAAACAGCAGUCUUAGUGGCAGCUGUAGCAAUAACAUUGUAGCACAUCCUGCUCCAGGGGGACCGCCUUCAUCUGGACAUCUGGAAAGAUGGGAACACCCUGCUGGAAGUACUGGAUGCAGCUCCGGUAUUGCCGGGGCUUCAGGACCAAACAAAGCUGAAUCUUAUUACAGAUGCAGUUCUCCAGUGGUGGGCUACAACUCUGUGGUAAAGGCUUAUUCCGGACUCAGUCUUGUAGUGCCACAGACUCCUGAAUGCUUCUUUCCAGGUGAGCUCGGCACAAGUUCACUGGCUUCAGAUUGUAGCAGUGAAAGCAGUGUCAGCUCAGAUUCUUUCUCUCCUGACCCCGUGUUAGAUGAUAGCCCCAAGUGCCAUCACCAUCAUCCCCACCACCACCAUCAUCAUCACUACUCUGGCCAGUACCCUCACCAGGCAAGCCGUGUUUCUCCUAGUCUGAGCCAGCAUUCUCCUCGUGGCUAUGUCCAUCCUCAAGGUCUUUGGAGACAACGUGAUUUUGGCAUAGAAGAUACUCCAGCAUCUGUCGCCUCUCGCAUUUCGCCACAUCACGUCAACACCGCUUCUGUCUACAUCCAACCCCAGCAACAGCUUCAGCUGCUCGCCAAUUUUCCAGGGGAACCACCUCAUCCACAACAUCCACCCCAAACACCCACUACUCACGCCCGGUCUCAGAGCUUCCCUCGAGGCCACAAUAUGGUGGGCUCCCUUUGGCCGGAACAUGGGCUUCAGGACAGAGUGUGUGAAGGCUCACCAGUUCAUUCUAGAAGAAACUACUCUGUGCGAACCCAACAAUCUCAGCACCAGCAGAACUGGGACCCUAAUUAUGAGCCACCCCCUAAGCCUUACUAUGAUCUGUUUUCCUAUAAGAGUUUUCCACAAGUCCAUGGACACUCUCCUUGGGGCCAGCAAGUUCAUUCAUCACCACAUGGCCUUUUAAUACCAGGUCUUCCAUCGCUUCCACAGCAGUCUCUUCCAUCUGUCCCUACCCACAAGAGCCACAUGCCCUCAGCAACCCAGCACGCAAAGCCAACUGCCUUGGGUCGAUACCAGGACCUUAGGGAGAGGGUGUUUGUUAACUUGUGCGGCAUCUUCCCUCCAGAUUUGGUGAGGAUGGUAAUGACCAGGAACCCACAUGUGACGGAUGCUCAGGAGCUUGCAGCUGCCAUUUUAAUGGAGAAGUCACAGCACAGCUCUUGAAUAAACACAGUGAAGUUUUCAUCUUAACUAACUCAUAUUUGCGGGGAUAUCCUCUGUAAGCUUAAUAAAAAAAGUCAAGUUGGGCAUACAGAAACCAAAAUCACAAGAUACGAGACUCCUUCAGCUGUUAACACGCUGCCUUUUUAAUGCUAUUAUUAUACAGAGAAAUACCAAAAUUGCCAUACUUUUUUUCUAGAAAUAUGCCUGCUACUUCUGAACGUAACAUAGGAAAAGGUAGGGGUGCAUCUGCAUGUUUCAUCUUUUUUGGUUAUGAGUCAAAACAGCACUGUAUUUAGGGAAGCUUUUAAGGUGUUUCAAGGGUGGCAGUAUUGUUGAUUUUAAACUUAUUUAUUUGUUACAUUUAAGUUAUUUAUAUAAUUUUAAAAUUAUUUUAGUUUUAUUGCACUUUUUGUUUUUUUGUUUUUCUUCAGAUCAUUUCUUUUGGCAAUCAUAUCAGGGUAUAAUUAUAGCCGUUUGCGCUGUUUCUCUGUUUCUAAUUUUUUUAGUCACGGAGAUGACAACAUCGGGUAUGUAGCUCUAACAUUUUCAGCAUUAACGUGGCACGCACGUAUUUGCCACAUUGCAAAUACAGCCCGACCAUAGUUGAUGCUCAAGUAAGCCCAACAAACGGCUUUCUUUCUGUGCUGACAGGUGGCAGAUCAGUUGUUGCGAGAUUUUGUGGAUUUCCCCCAACAAGGAAGUGAAACUUAACCAGCACCCACAAAAGAAGAUAGCAAAAACUCCACUUGAAAACCCCAAGCUGUUGUUCACUUUUGAAUGAGAGUUAUUUCCUCUGUUAGGAUAGCCCUGUCAGCUGACUUCACGGUUCAUCACGCGCUGUUCCUUUCCAUCGCUAAACAAUAUCAGUGUGCUAAAUCAGGUUCAAAGUGUGGCAACUGGAAAUGUUUAUGGGGAACAGAUUGUUGGUAUUGUUUUAAUUUAAAUUAUGUGUUAAUUUAUUAUACUUAAUGUGUGUGAAUGUGAGACACGGGGUCUCGUUUAUCAGUGGUGGAGGGUUUAUCUGCCUCUAAUGCUUUGCAUACGGUUGUGUUAACUGCACAGAUCCACAGUUUUUUUAGUUUUUUUUUUUUUAGUUUAUGAGACAUUGAAUAAAAAAACAAAACAGGCACCGGGUGAGAAUCAUAACCUUAAAAUCACUACAUCACCACUGAACUACAUGGUGGACCAUGGUAGUUUUUUACUUUGCAGGGUUUUUUUCUCAGGAGAUAUUCAUGUUUGGUUUCAAAGUCUGUGGUUCUGUUAAAAAAAGACAAUAAAAAUAGUUUUUAAUAACUUCAACUGAUCCUGACCAUCACAGACCUCCUUAAAUGCCAGCAGGGCUCGUAUAGGUUUCCAGUUAUCCUUACUUUUUUAACCAUAUUUUUUUUUAUUUAUAUAUUUAUAUUCAUAAUAAUUUUGCAGUGCCCAAGGUGACUUCUGUGAAUUGCCUGUUUUCUCCCAAAAAUCGGGGGGGGGGGGGGGGGAUUUAAAAUAUAUUUUUAGUGUUUUAAAAUUAUUUUUAAGUUGUGUCUUCUUAAUGCAGCUUGCUUGGAGCUGUGUGUUUUUGAAUGAAAUUAUGAUAAUUUAUUUUUACUAUCUCUGCCAGUGAGGUUAUUUUUAUUGCCCGAGGAACUGUUUGGAAAGCUAACUCUCUCGCCUGGUUAGCUUAAUUUCAAGUAGCCCGAUGACACCUCUCUUAGUUGAUACAAAUUGUAUCAUAUAUGGUGAAAAUAAACAUUGUUUUAUAUGAAAAUGUGAGAACAAGUUUUCAGUUGAAUAUUUUUAUGUGGCAAAAUAUGUCGCCCCUGAUAGUUCGGCUUUUAUGUAAGGGGGAUUCUUGUUCCCCGUUUCCGGGUGCAGUAAAGUCUCAAGUGCACUUUUUGGAUAUAGUUGUGUGUAUUGUCGGUGAACGGAAAGCAAGGUGGAGUCUAGCUCAGAAAUGGUGAAACCUCUAACACUGGUUAGCUAGAGGCUAAGUGGGCACACGCUCAUAAAACAGUAAAAGUGAUCAGGGUUAAAAGUUUUAUAACAGAAAGAGCUUGUUAAAGUUGUUUUGUGAUGUGAUUGGCUGUUAUUAAAGUUUCCUGGCAUCACACUCCAUGGGAGCAGCAAGCGCUGUAGCUAGCUUGACUGUUCCAAAUGUUUCUUAAACACUUUCCAGAAAAUGUAUUUCUUUAUUUCUGUGGAGCUUUCUAACAUCAAAAAACUUUAUUCUCAAACCCUGGAGAGUUGUAUGCAAGGCAUGAACAAAUGUGAGUAACAGUCUGUCAGGUUUUUGGGGGUUUUUUUACACAUUUUUUCUCUUAUCAUUACAUUGUUAUCCGCUAUGAUGCUAAAGGCUAAGUCUGUGGUAACCCUGCUAGUCUGGCACUAUGUGCUAGUGUUUGCUAAAUGGGUUAAGACACCCUACAGUAUAAUUUAACAAACUUCUAAAGUUAUUGUGUUUACAUUCUGAUAAAUAUUAACAACUUUAUUCAGUGUACAAAUACAUAUUUUUCUAUUAUUACAAACGUUUUAAAAAGGUAUUUUUCUAAAUGUGUGUAUUUUUUUUCUCAAAAAAAAAAAAAAAUCCCUAGAAAGUGUGUGUUAAAUCAUGUCCUGACAUCAUGCUGUGAAUGGAUUUCUUCAUAGCUGUUGCUUGAAAAAGUGAAUUCCGACUGAACAUGAAGCAAAUUUCUGUCUUGAAUUAUAUACUUAAAUUUAAGUAUAGCUAAUGUGCUGACUACACAGAUGUAAAUGUUCUUUAGCUAGCAACAUACAGGCCACAUUUGGAAUGACUACAGUUAAAUCUCUUCUUUUUUCUGUCCUAUGCAUAUGUCCAUUUAAUAUUCUGUCUCUUUAGCUAGCAGUGAUCAAAAAGAAGAACCUGGCUCUCAAGAAUCCUGGAUUUAAAUAUGUUGGAGAAUUCUGCAACAACUAAGAUGGUUCAUAUCAGUUCAUGGGGAAAAGAUCUGAAAUGAUAGACAGUAUCAGAGAUGGACCUAGUCACCGUGACGUCAAGCAUUGAGUAGCAAAACCCCAUUGAAAAGCACAAGCGUUUUCUUGCACCAUCUUAGUGUUUUGAAUCUGGACUCGGCAACUAGCAUAUCCUGGAUUAUCAUUACUGUAAUAAAGUACUUUAAGCUGCCCUUUUAUUUCUGAAAGGGUCAUCUAUAUAUGACAAUCAUGGAGACAAUUUUACCAUCAAUUAUAGCCAUGAUUAGUCCCAAUUUUGGCUCUCUAGGGAUGGUCACACAGUCCUUGGAACUGGUCUGCAACUUCUGGUUGUGUGGGAGCAAUGAGUAGUCUUUGACCAGUUUGCAAGUAGCUUCUGAAGGAGGAUGCAAAUGGAUUGCUAAAGCCAGGGCAUAAUAAAUAUUCCACCACCGGCUGGCAAAAACCUCCUUGCGACUGCUUUGGUUGCUAGCAGGUUGGUAGCAGUAAGCAUGGAACACACCAACUUCGGUUGCAGUUUUUCUAUCCCAUAGGUGGUAGUUAGCAUUUUCCCUGCAAACUACAGACGAUGGUAGCAAUCUGCUGACAACCAAAGCAAUAAUAGGAGAUUUGUAUGUGUGUAGUGAACUCAGAUUUGCCUCCUGUUCAGUCUGAAUGCGCUUUAUUUGCAUUUUGAAUUUGCAUGUGGGGUUUGUAUUAACCGAUGACGAGCAACUUGUCAUUUGUUGCUCAUUUGACUAAAAUCAUGAUGUGUGUUUGUAUUUUAUUAGGUGUUUUAUCGAUAGAAAAAAUGUAAAAUGCCGACAGUCCCUGUUUAGCACAGUUUAUUCACAUGUUUAUUUUUAGUGUGCUUUAAUACAGCUUCAUUUCUGCUACAGAAAUAAGUAAGCGCCAUCUCUUCAGGGACCACAGCCAAGGAAAAGGCUGUUUGUUGCUCAUCUCUCGGGCUAGUGGUGCUUUUAUUAAACCAAAAUUAAAAAGGAAAAAAAGUGUUAGACCAUUGCUGCUGUUUCACUGUAUAUUCUGCUAGGGAAUAAAGUGGUUCUUUCUAUAAUGUGAUCCAGGAUUAUGGU